GGCUCUCUUGGACUCAGAGAUAAGGCCGCGCGCGUUGCCUAAAUCUAUGCUUAAUCCAAGCAUACACACGGAUUCCAUUCGGCUGUAUACUUUGACAGUGCUAAAAUUUCAAUCAAAAGGUGUGAUUAUGUAGCUUUUGCUGUUUAAUUUUUAUUAUUACUUUUUCCAAUAUUAAUUAACAAUAAAUUUAAAAAUGUUUUUAUUUUUAAUAACAGCUGAAAUAUUUAUUGUAGCAGUGAUGAAUUUAUCGGCAAAUUGUUUACCUAGUGGAGCAUUUAAAAACUCCAGGCGACAAGGUCGAGGGAUUUUUGGACCUGAACCUAAAUCACUUGAAAAUCUUGAUAACACCUCAGUCUAUAGUAAUGAUACUACUGAUAAUACAGACAAAACUACUGAUACAACUGGAAUGUUUACCAUAAAGACAAAGAAAAAGUGGCAAGUAGGAAGAGUAAGCCGAAAGCAAUAUGAAAUAGUUAAUAUGAUAUGGAGAAAAACUAAAGUAUUUCUUGAUACAGAGUCUAGGUCAACUACUACUACUAGUUCUUCUACCACUACUACCACCUCUACUUGGAACAAUGAUAUUAAGACAUAUUUGACUAAACGGUCAACCAACAAAAACUCUGAAACCUAUCGAAACAAACCAACGGAAAGUUACAUAGAAUUUUAUUAUUUAGAUGAAAUCGAUGGUCCGAGAUUAGACCAGGAAAACCAUUCUUCACAAUUAAAUUCCGAAUAUAUCAGAAAUCGCCCACAAAAUUCGUUGAAAAAAAUUGAAUCACUUAUAACCCUUUCUCCAGUCCUAGCGUUUCACGUAAACAUUUCACCUCGAACAAAGCAUGCAGUAGUUCCAAAUACAGCCUCUUAUAAGACAUCAAGCGCAUUUAGAGAUCAUCAUAUUAAGAGACUCGCCUACCCUUUUCUUUAUAGUAACAAUUACAAGCAUUCAUUGUUAUGGGACACAUUAAAUUAUGAAAAUAGUACUUCAAAAAUAAAACGCCGUCGGUCACAAAAUUUAGAAGUAGUAGACGAUUAUAAAGAUGAAACGUGUCCACUCUCAACACAAUCUACAACAGAAAGCGCGACAACUACAAAUACUCCUAAUAUUGUCACCGAGAGUUAUUCAAAUGAGAUAGCUUCAACAUUAAACGAUAGAAUAAAAUUUUUUGAAAUAUAUGAUCGGCAAACUGAAAAUGACUUAGAUAUGUUUUGUGAUGUAAAUCAAAACACUGAACAGAACCAGAACAAUAGUCUCCAAGAUGAACAUAACGUUGAAAAACUUUCACUAGAACAUGUUGAUAUAAAUAGUGGUCAUGACAAAAACAUUCCUAAAUAUUUAGCUAAGAAACAUAUCAAUAAAAACGAAUAUAUAAGUAAAGAAGAGGAGAAACUAGAAAAUAAAGUAAAUGUCAAAAGAUUAUCGCAAACUAUGACAUUUUCGAAAACAUUACUACCACAGAAAACAAAUACCAAAAGUUCAUCUCCAAUGAUAGAAGACUACAUUGCGCAGAUAAAAUUAACUACUUCUAUGUAUCCGUUAAAUACAAAACGAAGUGAAUCAACUGAACAUAAAUCAUAUGUUGAUAUGAGUAAAAUUGCUUCGUGGUCUCGUUAUCCUUUUGCGGCAGUUUAUGUGUAUGAGCCAUCUCAGAUACUCUGUGAUGCAGCAGCGGUAAGCCAGCAUUGGCUAAUCACUGCUGGGUCUUGCUUGUCGCGGCAGCAUCGUCGCGAGCCAUCAUUGGAAGGUCGGUCUGCCUUUAUCACGUACUGUGGGGCCACGUGGAGGCAGCCAGAACGGAUUGCUUACGUUAAAUACACUCUUGUUCAUCCUAAAUUCAACCUUAAAGAUAGAAGACGACAGUUUCUUUACAAUAUUGGUGCUAUUCAAGUAGUGGGCAAUAUGAUGUCCGCGUGUCCUGGUUGGGCACCUAUAACAGUGAUGGGUCAUCAGUUCACGACACAUCCAGAAGGAGCUAUAGGUACAGCAGUUGGUUGGGGUUUAGACAGAUAUGCCUCAAAAUAUCCAGAAAGUGAAAUACCAACACAUCCUUUGAUGGAAUACAAUGACAUACUUCACUCCAACCAUUGUCCUGGAAAUAUUGGAUACAAUGAAGCGAAGUUAGUUGAGCCGCUGCACGUUAUGAAAAAUGUGUACUGUCUUUCAUUGCCACCGUACAACAAAGAGGAAUCAGAUCCUGUCCACGGCAGCCUUCUUUUGAUUGGAGGAAAGCUCCUUGCUCUGUAUUUACAGGAGGAGCGUCGUGGCUGGGGAGAGCAGUCUGCGCAGUACACAGGUGUUUGGCGCUUGAUCCCCUGGAUCGUUGAAGUGGCCAAGGAACCCGAAGACAUUGACGCCUUCCCAGCCGAUAUCUGAACUUCCAUCUUGACAAUAGAAUACGAAUAAUAUUUUAGUUAGUUUUACCGGUGUUUGUAUUAGUCUCGGUUUUUUGAGUGUUUUUGUUUUAGAUCAUUUGUUUUUGUAAAUGUUUGUUAUCGAAAAUUUUAUACUAAAAUUUUAAUACAGAAGUAUUUAUUCCAACAGUUGA